AUGUGUGAGGCGGGUUCAGACUGUAACAAGAAGUACCAGGAGUGGGAAGCGAACGAAGAGAUUCAAAUCUUUCGCGAAUAUUUGCGUAUCCCAACGGUGCAUCCGAAUGUGAACUACGAUGAUUGUGUUGCGUUUCUAAAGCGACAAGCUGCGUCGCUGGAUCUGCCCGUGCGCGUCGUGGAAUUCAACGCGCGGAAACCGAUCGUGAUCAUUACGUGGGAGGGUACGGAACCGGAAGCAAAGUCUAUCAUCCUUAACUCGCACAUGGAUGUGGUGCCGGUGUAUGAAGAGCGUUGGACGCAUCCACCUUUCGCGGCGGAAAUGGACCACCAGGGACGCAUUUACGCCCGUGGCGCACAGGACAUGAAGUGUGUCGGGAUGCAAUUUCUCGCCGCAAUUCGGGCGCUGCGUCGCGAUGGCGUACGAUUGAAGCGCACAAUCCAUGCUACGUUCGUACCGGAUGAAGAGAUCGGCGGCAAGCUCGGCAUGAUGGAGUGGGUGCACAAGGAUUCGUUCCGGGAGCUGAAUGCGGGUUUUUCCAUUGAUGAGGGUAUUGCCGGUGAAGGGGAGAUCUAUCCGUUGUUUUACGGAGAGCGCAGUGUUUGGCAUGUGUAUUUUAACAUUUCUGGAACACCGGGACACGGAUCGUUGCUGUUGAAGGGCACGGCGGGUCAGAAGGCACACUACAUCAUCGACAAGCUGAUGCGAUUCCGUGAGAAUGAGGUGAAACGAUUAGAAAACAAUCCCGAGUUUACAAUCGGUGACGUGACCACGGUGAACAUCACGCUCAUGAAGGGUGGCGUGCAGGAAAACGUAGUACCACCGGAGUUGUCGGUUUGCUUCGACAUUCGGCUAGCGGUUGAUGUAAAUCAUUUGGAGUUCGAAAAUCAGCUGCUCGACUGGUGCCGUGAAGCGGGCGGUGGUAUUGAGCUAGAGUACGACCAGAAGUGCCCCUACGUCAAACCGACCAAGCUGGACAGCUCCAACAUAUAUUGGGUCGCAUUUAAGGAUGCACUGGACGAGCUUGGCCUGAAGGUGAAGGCACAGAUCUUCCCCGGUGGUACGGAUAGUCGGUACAUUCGUGGCAUCGGUAUUCCCGCAAUUGGGUUCUCGCCUAUGAACAAUACACCAGUGUUGCUGCACGAUCACGACGAAUUUCUUAAGGCGGACACAUUCCUGGAAGGCAUUCGAAUCUAUCGCAAGAUAAUUGCUAACGUGGCAAACGCUUAG